CAACCUGCAGCAUGGGUUACGUCCCUUACUAUCUCUAAGUGUUGAUGUUUUGUGGAGUUUUCGUGCCUGACAGACGUAAAAUUGAUAGUUUGUGUUAUCCACAGCGUCAUUAUGUCUAAAAUGUUUGAAGACGAGGUUAGAAAGGCACUAUUUCAAUCGCCUGGAGUUCCCGAAAAUGCUAGGAAUAACUCAAACGAUUUCAAGGUUCUUCUGAAUAAGCUCCAGAUAGACCACGACAUAGAGACGAUGCACACCAAUCUACAAAAAGACCUCCAUGAACAGAGAAUGAAGCAGCUACGACAAUUACUGAAAAGUCUUAACGAUGAUGACUGGAAGUAUCCUCCCAUUGAUAAGAUGAUAGGUCUCCAAUGAUGGAUGGUCUGUGCUAUCAGACAAUCAGUGCAUGUGGAAUCUCCAGACAUUCUCCAGUGACAUCUACUUCAGUUCCAGAGAGAGUUCGGGUGUGGUCAUUAUGAUGGUCACUGAUUACAUGCAAGCAUGUGAGGUGUCAAGAUAUUGUCAAGAGAACCUUGCCUUCCUCCCACACUGGCCAUACAGAGAUGAGUGAUGUCAUGGUGUUGUGUGGACAAAACUUGGAUGAAACACUGUUCAGAGUCCAUACUGAUUUGUUAAGAUGUAAAUUGAACACUGUUAUUUCUAUACAGAGAAUAUGUGAGUUUGUUUACAUCCCAUGCUUUUAUUUGCUUUGAAAGUUUUCCAUAUAUAUUAGUGAAUGAAAUAUUAUGGAUGAUACAGCAAAUAUAUCAUAGGUAUUACAGUGAUAAUAUAGCUUUCAUUUCUAAAGAGGUGUGGUAGAGUAGCCUAGUGGUUAAAGCAUUCGCUUGCCACACCAAAAACUUGGGUUCGAUUCCCCACCUGGAUACAAUGUGUGAUGCCCAAUUCUGGUGUCCCCAGCUGUGAUAUUGCUGGAAUAUUGCGAAAAAAGCAGCUUAAAAUAAUACUCACACCUUACUAAGAUAAUUUUUGGUAGUGUGAUGUGAAGGGCCUGAAUUCUGUGAAAAUGAAGGAUCUGCCGAUUGUACUGUAUGUUCAAAUCCCAUGUACGUUCAAAUCCCAGGUUUGUCCUGGUUGUGAUCCUUUGUUUUUCAGCAUCAUAUCUAUGCUUUAGGGUUUUUUACCUAGUGGAAAACCACUGAGUGUCUGCAUUAGAUUUUCAUCAAUCUGACACACCCUGAUAAAACUGAAAUACUGUUCAAAGUGGUGUAAGACCCAAACCACUAAAUAUCUACAAUUCUUGUGAUUAUUCAUUGCUGAAAUCUGGUACCUUUCUUGGGGAGUUCAUUUUAUGUUUAAUCUUGCUGCCAAAAUAUCCUUUGACUUGUUCUCUAGAUGACAUUUUACAAAGUGCAUUUUGUGAUAUUUUGUAAUAAAAUAUGUAAUUUAUUCAGUUCC